UUGUUUGUUUUUUUUUCUCUCUGUAAUUAUUUUUACAUUCAUUGUUUAGAGAGUACAUUUGUCAUUUCUGUAUUUUAUUGUAUACUGAAUUUUGAAGUUUGGUAUACAGGGUUAAAAAUGACAUAUGUUACUGGUAAAAUGGAUGAGGACAAUGUUCUAACUGACAGUUUUAGUUUCGGUUUUGGAAGAGGGAAACCCAUCAGCGGGUACCCUUUUAUACCAGUCAGAGGUACAGCUAAUGUAGAUUCGCCAGCUUUUUGUUCUACUCGCUUGCCAGGUCAUGUAGCAUCACCUCAGAGGGAGGAGGAUUCACAUUCAAGCCUUCCAGAUACAAAUGAUGCAGCUUUAAAUAACCUGAUAACACACAUUGCUCAGCAGGUAGGACAGACUAUAAGAGAUCAGUUAAGGGGGGAAUGUGAAGAGAGGGGUGUUGGAGCCACACCAGCUCAGAGCGGUGUUGGCCAGUUACCCAGUGACCACACUUACCUCAACUUGACUGGUGCAAAGUUAGUGUUGCAGUCAGAUGUGAGAGAGCCUCCAGUCUUCAGAGGAGAUGGAUCUGACAAGAAUACAGUCUGUGAGUGGGAAGAGUUAAUGGGAGUGUAUUUGAGGAAACGAGCCACACCUCUGAGAGAACAGCACAUUGAGAUCAUGUCUAAGUUAAUGGGCAAGGCUAAAGACAUAGUGAGGAUAACUCUGAGGAGCUGCCCAUCCAUGAAGCCUCAAGAUAACCCACAAUUGAUCUAUGACAUCCUCAGACAACACUUUAGUGAUGUGACCUAUUCAUGUAUGCCCAUGGCUGAUUUCUACAGUACAGUUCCAGUGGCAGGAGAGUCCCCCGUAGAGUACUGGCUUCGGCUAAACAAGGCAGUUGAUGCAGCGGAGGAGGGCUUGAAGAGGCUAGGGCGGAAGAUGGAGGAUUCUUGUCAGGAAGUAGCGAUGAUGUUUGUCAAAUACUGCCCAGAUCCCACCCUUGCUGCUGUUUUCAAGUUUAAGGCACCAGAUAAGUGGACAGCUAGUGAAAUCCAAGAGCAUAUUGAUCGCUACCAAACUGAAAUGAAAGAACAGGUGCUUUCCAAAUCAAAGAGAGUUAAACCAGUGACAGUUCAUGUCCAGGUUUCCGCACCUGACGUUUCAGAGAUAGUAUGUCACCCACGGGAGCCAUCUAUGCAAGGUGAGGACAGCACAGCAUCCAAGCCCUCUUGUAAUGAUGACUGUAUGAAAAUGUUAGUCAGUUUAUUUGACAGAGCAUUGUUACAGAACAACCAGGUUACACACAAACCACUCCCCUCUGAUCCAUUUCAACCGAAAGCCUGCAGGGUCUGCCAGUCUCUAGAUCAUUCCACCCUUGCACACUGCAGGCAGAAACGCCUCUGCUUAGUGUGCUUCGAGCCAAACCACAUCAAGAAGAACUGUCCUAACCGUCAGGCUGGCCGAGGUUCUCCGGCUUUCCCGCCACAGAAUUCUCAACCUUUAAACUAACUGGCCCGCAUUUAGUGAGGGAAUGUGUGGGAAACAGAGAAGAAACCCUCAACAGUGGUGAUAUUGAAACUCAUUAUAUAAAAGCAUGCGCAGCAGCACCAGCCGAUGCUAAGGUAAUAGUGCAAAAUACACAGAGAGUGGGCCCUUUUGAUGAGUUGUUUUACACCCCUGUUAGCAUUAACAACACAUUUCAGGUGCAGGGGAUGCUUGACUCUGGUUCCAUGGCUUGUACUCUCAGCGAGCAGGCAGAGCAGAAGAUGUUGAGUGAGAAUAUACUCUCAGAAUCCAUUCCUUUGACUCAAGAGAUUGUGCUAAUAGGCUGUGGAGGGACACUUAGCAAACCCAAGUGUAUGUACGAAGUGGAAAUGAAACUGUAUGGGGAGAGCUGUAUCGUACCUGUCCUUGUGGUGCCUGGCCAACGAGAUGACUUAAUCAUAGGCACAAAUGUCAUCAGAUUUAUCAUGCAUCAGCUGAAAAUAACCAGUGACUAUUGGCGCCUGGUUUCCAGUGGAAAUCUUCUCCCAGAGUGUGAACAGUUCCUUGAUCUCAUGGCAAACUCAUCCAGGUGGAGAGGCGAGGAGCUUCCAGACAGAAUCGGGACCGUUAAACUCCAGCAUGCGGUUACGCUGUUGGCUAAGAAAGAACAUCUUGUUUGGGGUGUGAAGUUAGAAAGCUGAUGAAGCCAUUUCCUGCUUUAAUUAUUAUAUUCUGUUUUGCACAGGUAUGUGGGUAUUCUUUUUGUAUUUUGUAACUGUAAAUUGUAUUGUUUGUUAUGUAAGUGUAAAUUAAUGGUUAUAUUUGUGUAUAUUGGUUUACAAGGAAAAACUGGUUUGCCACCAUGGAUAGAUGUAUAUCUGUUAAUUGUAUUAUUUAGAACUCUGUAUACUUUCCUGAGUUAGCUUCAGGCCCCACUGAGGAGAAGUGUGAAGUUAGAAAGCUGAUGAAGCCAUUUCCUGCUUUAAUUAUUAUAUUCUGUUUUGCACAGAGAAUAAAUCCUGGUUGGCAAGAAAGAA